AUGCCCCCCGGUGAACUCCCGGCCAGCCUGGUCGCAGGCAAGCCCACUCCAACUUUAAAUACCUCGGGCUACGCAGGCAGCUACUCGAAAAACACACCCACCUCACCUGAAGAUAGUUUAAUCCCAUUUGACUCCCCCACCACGCGCACAGGAGGAAAUAGCCCACUCAGUCAGGAUGAUCGCUCAGGUCGUGGACUAGAGCCUGAACAGCCAGGGUAUCGAGAUCGAUCUACUGCGAGAGAUCGCUCACGUACCAAUGGACGAUCACACAACAAAUCACCUGGCUCCUCACGAAUCUGCCAGAAGUGCAAUGAGCCACUGACUGGUCAGUUUGUUCGAGCACUAGGUGGUACAUUCCAUCUGGAGUGUUUUAAGUGCGAGGAUUGUGGUGAGAUUGUCGCCUCUAAAUUCUUCCCCGUCGACUCAGAAGACCACAGUGUUCAAUUUCCCCUUUGCGAGACGGACUACUUCCGGCGAUUGAACCUGUUAUGUCAUGAUUGCGGGGGUGCUCUGCGUGGUUCCUAUAUUACUGCAUUAGAUCGCAAGUACCACAUCGAACACUUUACCUGCUCAGUAUGUCCGACAGUAUUUGGGGCCCAGGAUUCAUAUUACGAGCACGAGGGCAAGGUCUAUUGUCAUUUCCACUAUUCGACACAUUUUGCGCAGCGUUGUCAUGGCUGUCAUACUGCGAUUCUGAAGCAAUUCGUCGAGAUCUUCCGCAACGGUCAAAAUCAACAUUGGCACCCUGAGUGCUACAUGAUACACAAGUUUUGGAAUGUGCGAUUGUCCCCUGCUGGUCAAGCGUGGGAGACCCCGCCACUUGAUGAAGAUGCCUCUCCCGAAGAACGCGAGCGUAUUCGCCGGGAAGAGGAUACGAUGGAGGAGAAGGUUUACAAUAUUUGGAGUACACUUUCGACUUUCGAAGAAUCAUCGGCCGCUUGCAUCUCAGACAUGCUCUUGCACGUCAGCAAUGGCGUUUAUAUUGACGGAGUCCUCGUGGCCAAGAGAUUCAUCGCUCACGUGGAGAUUCUUUUCACAGCCGUUGAUCAAUUGGCUACCUUCAUCAAGUCCCAGGGAGCGAAGGAAUUGUCAUAUGGUCGGGAGGCGAAACUGCUUUGCAAGAAGAUUGUGGCAUUCUUUGCUUUGUUGUCAAAAACCCAGGAGACUGGAGUUCGCAAACUUGGUGUGACGCAGGAGCUACUUUCACUAGUGACAGGCCUUGCCCACUACCUCAAGCUACUCAUUCGCAUCGGUCUGCAAGGUGCCUUGAAGCUUGAGCGGGAGAAAUCAGCACCCGAUGGACUGCACGAGUUCCUGAGCCACCUUGCAAACACAGAAUCUCUUGCUCAGCCAGACGACGAAGAUGGUCCAAUUGACUUGAAUGCGGGGGUGGAAGGUUUGGCGGACCAGCUCUCAGACUGCUGCAUCCAAUGCAAAGAACCCAUCGAUGAUGAGUGUCUUCUUCUGGAAGACAAGCGUUGGCACCUCAAGCCUCCUCAUCUAUCAUGCUCUUCUUGUGAAAAGGACUUGAGUGUUGACUUGUCUGAAGCUCUCUGGAACGAGGCCGAGGAGAGCACGUACUGCUCGGCAUGUGCUGAUCAGCAUAACGUGACAUCCGCCGCGAAGAGUGGCUUCGUUCAAGUUACCAAGCUGCAGCAGUUUGUGUUCCUGUUGCGAGUUGCUCUAGCCAGAUUGCUUGCUGUCCUUCGUGCUGGUGGUACAUUGCCACACACCUCGGAUGAUCCCAAUCUCAAUGAAUAUCAAAACAAAGAAGGUCACCGAGUGCACCCAGGUGAACCUCGUCGAGCCAACACACGUUCUAUGUCAUAUAGUGCAGGUGGUGGUCGCGAGGGGUUCGAAGAGUCAUCGCUUGAACAAACUGUUGGUGAGAUGCGCCGACUACGCUCAAUUCGCAACGAGCGCACUUUAUCUACGACAUAUAAGAAGGCUCGUGCAUCCCGAAUCAUCGAUGGUCCCGAGGGGAGAAGUGCACGACCGGGAUCAUCUGGCAACGACGGCAGCGAUCCUAGAGGUCCAGGAUUCCAGAUCGUCGAGGAGAGAGAUGCCAAUGGCGAUACUGUCAAGGAUCUGACAUUCGGAGCCCAGGACGCACUUACUUUAGAUGACAUUCCGCGGAUCGUUGCCGCCGAGCAGGCGAAGGAGCAGCGGCCAAAUGCAUACAGACACGCUGGAUCGAAACUUGUGGCACCCCAGGAGCCGAUGCCUGUUUACAAGGCUGGCCAUCAGCGUGAGAUGUCCACCGGGAGAUUGGAUAUGAUGUUAGAGCCCGCGACACGCACCAAGCGAUACUUCUCCGAGCUUACUGCUUUGGAAUAUUUCAUCGUCCGCCACGUUGCCGUCCUGUCGAUGGAGCCGCUGCUGGAAGGCCAAUUUAAUAUGGAAGAACUACUCUCUCUCAUCGAGUCUCGCAAGCCGACUGUCUGGAACAUCUUCGGUCGUGCCUUCAAGGAUAAUAAGAAGGCGGGCAAGAAGAAGGGUGUCUUUGGAGUAUCACUAGACUACUUGGUGGAGAAGGAAGGAACCGAGUCCAGCCAUGGCGUUGGACCAGGAGCGUUGCGUAUCCCCACGGUCGUGGACGACGCUGUUUCCGCGAUGCGCCAAAUGGACAUGUCGGUUGAGGGUGUCUUCCGAAAGAACGGAAACAUUCGGCGACUGAAGGAUCUCGCCGAGCUUAUUGACAAAAAGUAUGAGUCAGUUGACAUGGCGAAGGAGAAUCCUGUGCAGAUUGCGGCCCUUCUAAAGAAAUUCCUUCGCGAGAUGCCGGAUCCAUUGAUGACCUUCAAACUGCAUCGUCUUUGGGUGGCAGCACAAAAACUGCCCGAUCCUGAGAAGCAAAAGCGACUGCUACACCUCACGUGCUGUCUCCUCCCUAAGGCUCACCGUGAUACAAUGGAAGUCCUCUUCUCCUUCCUUAAUUGGACAUCCUCCUUCUCGCAUGUGGACGAGGAGUCUGGAAGCAAGAUGGACAUCCACAACCUUGCAACAGUCAUCACACCAAACAUUCUCUAUCCAAAUGCAAAGGCCAGCACGGUGGACGAGAGCUUCUUGUCCAUCGAGGCAGUUAAUUCGCUGAUCACGUAUAAUGACAAUAUGUGCGAGAUUCCCGAGGAUCUACAAUCUAUCCUCAGUGAUCCCACCCUGUUCAGAGAAAAUGCCGAGGUCACCACAAAAGAGAUCCUUAAACGGUACGGUGACAUUGCCCGUGGAAGCUUCUCAACACGACCCGACAAUGGCGGCGAGACUUUCACCAUCACCAACUCCAACCGACACAACACCCCAACUUCCGCUCGUAUCGAGUCCGAUCCCUCCCAGGACGCAGCCUGGCAAAUGCAAAGUUCCGUUCGUCAUGUGCCUGGGCCAAGUGGCCACUCUCAUUCGAUGAGUGCUGCUCCCCAGGCCGGGUUGGAUUUCGGACCACCGGAGCCCAGCUACCAUCGUGAACGCAGUACCAGCAAUGGCAGUCAACAAAAUGCCGAUGGCCAGUCACAGAACGUCCCCUAUCGACCUCGUCCUAGCCCGGGUGCUAUGGGCGUUACAGGGUAG